UCUCAGACAAUUAAUUUAAGUAACUGGUCACAUAUCACAUCUUUGUUAGAAACCGACAACAAGUCUUGCGUGUCAACUCAUGAAACAUUAGCAGCCAGCAAUUAUUUCAUACCAGAAAUCAAGAAGACUUGCCUUGACCUUGAAGAAAGGAAAAAUGUCAGUGAGAUUCAUAACCCACCAAUCUUUCUUCGAUGCAGUACGAUCUGGAGACCUCAAAUCUGUUGAAGAUUGGUUAGAGAAUGAUGGGUCAGACUCAGAUUUUCCAUCUGUUUCUAACUCUGUAAUGGAGUUGAGAAAUGAUAAGGGGGAGAGUUGUUUGUAUGUGGCUGCUGAGAGUAAUCAAGAACAAGUGUUUAGUUACUUGCUCAAGUAUUGUGAUGUUGAUGUUGUUAAGAUUAAGUCUAGUAAGACUGGUCUGGAUGCUUUUCAUGUUGCUGCUAAACAUGGCCACUUGGGAAUUGUGAAGCAACUUUUGGGCAUGUGGCCGGAGCUUUGUCAAUCAUGUGAUUCCACAAACACUAGUCCCCUGUAUUCAGCUGCAGAGAAGAACCAUAUAAAAGUAGUCAAUGCUAUAUUAGAUGCAGAUCCAAGCUCAAUAAGGAUACUGCGGAAAAAUGGGAAAACUGCAUUGCACAACGCUGUAAGAUAUGGCCGCAUUUGUGUAGUGAAAGCACUUCUAGACAGGGAUCCAGGCAUCGUGCCAAUUAAAGAUAAGAAAGGUCAAACUGCACUUCAUAUGGCUGUAAAAGGAACUGAUACAUCUGUAAUCGAGGAAUUAUUGCUUGCCGAUCAUUCCAUACUAAAUGAACGUGACAAGAAGGGUAACACAGCUGUGCAUAUCGCCACAAGAAAAUGUCGUCCACAGAUAGUAAGCCUUUUACUACGAUUUACAUCCCUCAAUGUCAAUGCCAUCAAUAAUCAUCAAGAAACGGCAAUGGAUUUGGCAGAGAAACUCCCAUACGGAGGGCCUGCAUUUGAAAUAAGGGAGGCCUUAACAGAAGCCGGGGCCAAGUAUGCCAGGCAAGUUGGGCAACUAGAUGAAGCGAUGGAGCUUAAGCGGACUGUGAGUGAUAUAAAACACGAUGUGCAUUCCCAGCUUGUACAAAAUGAGAAAACUCAGAGAAGGGUUUCUGGUAUUGCUAAAGAACUCAAGAAAAUUCACCAGGAAGCGGUUCAGAAUACAAUAAAUUCAGUAACAGUUGUUGCUGUUCUAUUUGCGUCGAUAGCUUUCUUGGCAAUCUUCAACUUGCCUGGCCAGUAUGUCAUGGCUGACCCCGAAACAGGAAAGGCAAAUAUUGCUAAAAAUGCUGCAUUCCAGGCAUUCUGCCUCCUGAAUGCCACCUCCCUCUUCAUCUCUUUAUCCGUUGUUGUGGUUCAAAUCACGUUAAUUCCUUGGGACACCCGAGCACAAAGACAGAUAGUUUCAGUUGUGAACAAGCUAAUGUGGGCUGCCUGCAUGAGCACCUGUGGUGCAUUUUUGUCUAUAGCUUUUGUAGUCGUCGGAAAAGGAAGUUCUUGGAUGGCAAUCACAAUUACUGCACUGGGAGUUCCUAUUCUAUUAGGAACUCUUGUCAGUUUGUGUUACUUUGUUUUUAGGCAACACUUCGGAACCUUUGGAUAUGAUUCUCAGAGGCGCAUUAGAAGGGCUAGUGGAAGCAAAUCCUUUUCUUGGUCUGCAUAUUCAGCAAAUAUCUCAGAUGAAGACGACGAGUCUGAUCACAAUAAGAUCUAUGCUUUAUGAUUAUGUUGAACACACUAGGACACAAUGAGACGGAUAUUCAAUAUGAACAUAGCCUAAACUUUGUGAUUGGCUUCUGUGUUUUCCGUUCUAGGAGGAGGGCUUAUCACGAUCAUAUUAUAUUCUAACAGACUACUUCAAUGAUGAUUUGCAGAAGUCAUAAUUACUGGAAGAGAAGAAGAGUGCUUCUCAGCAAUUGAUGCACUGGCAUUCUUUAAGCGAGAGAUCAAUUUUGCAUUGAUUCUUCAGCUCAUAAGCUGUAAAUAAAUUAUUUUGCAAGUGCAAUAAUCAGUUUGCAGCAAUCUAUUUACUUCCAGUUAAUUUGAUUCA